CGCCAUCUUUCAAGAAGGAUACACGUGCCUUGAUCCUUCACAAUGGUUAGAUACUCAUCUGAGCCCGAUAAUCCUUCAAAAUGUGCGAAAGCACGAGGCGCAUACCUCCGUACAAGUUUCAAGAACAUGAGAGAAACAGCCAAUACCAUUAAAGGCAUGCCAUUAGCCAGAGCCACAAGAUAUUUGAAAAAUGUCAUGGAGAAGAAAGAAAUAGUUCCCUUCAACAGAUUCAAUGGCGCUGUCAGUAAUCAUGCCCAGGCCAAGAAUUUCAAAUCCAUGCAGGGUCGAUGGCCAAAGAAAAGUGCAGAUUUUCUGCUUCAGCUUUUAAAAAAUGCUGAAAGCAAUGCUGAAUUUAAGGGUUUGGAUACUGAUCAUUUGGCCAUUACCCACAUGCAGAUUAACAUGGCCCCUAAAAUUCGAAGACGACUUUAUAGAGCUCAUGGUAGAAUCAAUCCCUUCAUGAGCACCCCCUGUCAUAUUGAGUUGAUUUUGACUGAAAAAGAAGAAAUGGUACCAAAACCAGCUGGUGGUGAAGAUGAGCCUGUCAAACGAAAAGUUUCCAAGAAGAAGCUGGCUCGUCAAAAGGCAAAAAUGAGGGACUAAAUUUGAAGAUUAUGAAAAUAAAAAAAAAUAAAAAUUCAGUACUUUCUCAUUCUUUCCUCCCCCCCAAAUCACGCCUACAAAGUGUCCAAAGCGUGUGGCCAUGUUUUUAAUGUAGUGCAAGGCUUAAAGGGAUUAUUAAAGGAAAUCCUUAUCCAUUUGUUGUAAUCUUAUGACAAGCAGACUGACCCGUUAUUCAGAUUAUUUGUCAUUAAUCAUGUUUCCAUUUGAUGGAAAAGGAAUGUAUACACUUUUUGUAUGAACAUAUUUUUCUUUAAUAAACACCAUUUAUACACAUUUUA